ACGCCUGCUUUCUCCUGGGUUGCCUGGAAUCUCGGGUUAUCUUUCCUCUUUCCCUUUUAUUUGGGUUUCUUUCCGCUUCUAUUCGAUAGUUAAAUAUAGCCCUGCAUCCCCUUUCGUUUUUAGGCCUACAUCGUGCCACCAACACAUCCUCAUAUUUCUGCGUUGCCCUCUAAUUCGCUUAGAACUUGCCCUUCCUGGUUCAUUUUUUGUAUUCAGAACUUUCUACUUGACGGCUUUGGAUAUUUUUACAUCCGCGUUUAUUCUUGAGUUUCAUCAUCGCUUGUCAUUUACAUCAUCGUUCUCUUUUUCUACCAUCGUCCUAAUCGACACGAACUGCCUGCACCACACCCACCUUUAGCCUACCUUUGGCGUUGCUCGUCUGCCAACUAGCAGAAUGGAUAACGAGACAGCGGGAGUCGCUGUACGGGAAUCACGAGCUGAUGCCUCUAAGAUUACGCCCCAGGAUGUUUCUAGAAUCAGCACCUCAACUACUGAGAAUGCACCAACACCGUCUUCCUCUCAGAGAAAGGCCUCGCCAGCUGUCGAGGUGGAUAAGAAGAAGCCUACCAAAGCCAAGCGCAAGGAAACCUCGCGAAAGAAAAAGAAGACAAAGAAGCGAAAAAACUUCUUCUCUCCUCAAGAUAGUGAUCCGUCCCUGGACGCUGUCGAUGAAACUUCGGAGAGCUCAGAUAGCGACGAUUCCGAUGGAUCAUCUGAAGAAGAUCAGCCGGUCAGCUCGAAGCGGGAUCGCAAGGCCAACGUAAGACGCCGCCGCAAUAAUCGUCGCAAGAUCCGAAAAGACCACAGUCAUAGCGUAUCGGGUUUUUCGGAGAGCUCAAGUGAAAGUUCUAGUGAAAGUUCGUCUGACAGUGCUUCCGACCAUAGCACAACACGACGCAGAAACAGGCGAAAAGAAGCGAAGCAAAACGACUUGAUACAGACAUUUCAGCGGCAGCUUAGCCAAAUUCAACUUCAACUUAGUCAAAAUCAAGCUCAGUCAUACCUGCCCCCUCCUCUGCCACCGCCUCAGCCACUUUCAGAUCCUCUAGGACUCCCGCCACCGCCUCCUCCGCCUGCAGAUAGUCGCCCGGUGCGUAUAUUGCCGCCAGUAGGGCGAGGUCGACGGGGACGUGUGUCAGAUGUCCAUGACAGAUUCCCUCGCCGCCGUGGCCUUCCUUUUCAUGAUCGCUGGCGAAGUCGAAGCAGAGGUCGAAGCGAGGAAAGAAGUCGGUCUCGCAGCUACAGCCGUAGCCGAAGUCGAAGCUGGACCCGUUCUCGAAGCUACAGUCGAUCAAACAGCCGCAAUAAGAAAAAGCCAGCUUUCAAACGCGUCGACUGGGUUUGGGAUACAAAGCUUCUUUGCUUCAGGUUACAGAACACGGCGAAGCGGACCAAGGAUACCCGAUUCGACGGCUACGUAUUUCAGGUCAGGCGUCAUUUCGACUGUAAAGGCGUGUACCGGCACACCGAGGUCGAUAUCAAAAGCAAAGAGCUCCGAGACUGUCUCAAGGAAAUCAUCGGCGACGUUCGUGGAAUUAACCUCCAUGAAGAAGUCCCCAAGAUCAAUCCCAACAUGCUAUUUCUCUACUUGGAUGAUUUUCGCAAGCAUUAUCGCAUGCUCAAGACGACGGAGGUUACUGGUAAGACCAAGAAGGAGAAGAAGCAGAACCAGAAACUCCAGAAACUCAAGGCCAAGCAGCUGAAGGUCCUGCUACAAUACCUACGAGAGGAUUACGCUGAGAUUGAAGAACAAAUUGAGAACCUCGUAGAAGGUGGCAUCAUCACAUUUGACUUGCUGUGGGCUUUGUGGAAGCCCGGGACUCUUGCAUAUACCACGACAUAUGGAAGCGAAGAUGACGCUCGCGUGUUUAAAAUCGACAUGGCAGAAAAGCAUUCGAGCAUUAUGAGCGGGGAAUUCUACUGCAUCGAGGGCUCCUAUCUGGAGCACAACGGCAAGAACUUUGGCUACGGCACUAUUGGUCAAGAAAUCCCUGCUUUUCGAGGCACUCGAAAGAUCACCAGCCUUCCCUGCUACCCGCUCAAAUAUCACGAAAAGGAGGCACUGCUGCGCACCAAGCUCAUUGAACGUGGUAAGAAGUUUGUGUCGCUUUGCGGCGUGCACUAUAAGAGUUACUCCGGCAUGGCAUAUGUCAAAAAGAAGGGAGACGUUUUAAAGUACAACGUUCAGACCAGUCGGAUCAUGAUUGACAGUGCUACAUUUAGACGCAUCAACCCAAACUAUUCUUCAUCGGCCGUUCGUUCUCGUGGAAGGCGCCCAAUGGACCAUCUUGACUUUUCAGAUGACGAUUUGAGCUCCUUUUCUGACAGCCUGAGCAUGCGGCGAGCUUCCAGAAAGGACACCUCCGUCAAGAUUGUGCCAGAAACUUUUAAAGACGGAGAAACGCCUAAAGUGGUAAGCGCUUGCGACGAGGCAGACAAGAGUGAUGAAAAAGAUGCAAAAGCAAAGGUGGAAAAUGAAAGUGACGAAAAGGAAGAAAAAGAACAAGGGCCGGAUUGGACAGAUGAGGAUUACCUGCUAGCCUCCCCUGUGAUUCUAGGCUUCGCAUUUUCAGAGAAGCUUUGGCUUGAAUUUUCUGUCUCUGCUGUUUCUGAGAUUGAAUGGAACGACCAAGCGUGGGAUUCGCUGGUACUUGAAUCAGAGACCAAGGAUUUGAUCCAGGCGCUAGUCAAGGCGAGGAAAUACCAUGGCUCACAGACCAUUGACGAUGUGAUCCGAGGCAAGGGCAAAGGCCUAGUGACGGUUCUCCAUGGGCCUCCUGGCACAGGAAAGACACUGACGGCAGAAGGAAUCAGCGAGAUGCUCAAAUGCCCUCUCUAUGCUGUUUCGGCUGGAGAAUUGGGCACUGACGCACGUUUCCUUGAAACAGAUUUACAGCGUAUCUUGGACAUAUGCCAUACCUGGGGGGCUAUUCUUCUGUUGGAUGAAGCAGACGUGUUCUUGGAAAAGCGAAACAUGCAGGACGUGUAUCGCAAUGCCCUAGUCAGCGUCUUUCUUCGCCAACUUGAGUACUUUCAGGGCAUCUUGUUCCUAACGACAAAUCGCGUAGAGACUUUUGACGACGCAUUUCGAUCCCGAAUCCACAUCGCCUUGCGCUACGAGACCUUGGACGCCAAGGCCAAGAAGACCAUAUUCAAGAUGUUCAUCAACAGGGUGGUGGCGCAUGGCAAAAUUGAGGUUCAAGACUUUACAGAGGAGCAUUAUACUCUUCUGGCAAAAGAAGAGCUCAAUGGACGCGAAAUCAAGAACGUUGUUGGUUCGGCCCAGGAUCUCGCUUUGAACAAAAAGGAGAAGCUGGGUAUGAAGCACAUCCGGCAGGUUCUUGACGUCCAUGCCAAGUUUCGCCGUGACCUUAACGGAGGAACAGGUUAUGACGACGCUAUGAGGAGUUAUUUUUAAACGAUUUAGCUAUGGCAAUGGGGAUGAUGGCAUAAGCGGACGACAUCCAGACUGUAUUUUGUUUUUAUGGAAGCGAGUGUGCCUUGAGGAAGAGAUGAGUUGGCCAAAUUAGCGUUCAUUUUCAGUUAGCACUAGUACACAUGAAUCAUUAACGAAAGAGCAAGAGAUAUUUUUAGGAUACUGCAUCCUGCUCCCGUGUCCGACAAGUAACGAAUCCGAUGCCCGUGCAGCUUGCGUGUAAGUGAGGCUCAGUUCUGGCUGAAUGAAUACGAGACCCAGCGGCUCCACGGGU